CCACAGCCUGCAGGACCAACACAGGAUUAACAAGAAACCCUGAAGCAAGAGAGAAAUUCGUGUGAGAUGGAGGGUCGAGAGAAUCAUAUCAACAUUCACAUGAUUGACGACGUGGGCCAGAACGGGACGAGUGGACAAACUGUCAUCACCAAAGAUCCGGUCACACAGCAGCACGGAGCCACCGUGAGCUUCCACAACAUUCAGUACAGUGUGACGAUGAAAAGUAGGUCCUGUAAGAAGAAGAGCGUGACUAAGGACAUCCUGGUCAACCUGAACGGAAUUAUGAAACCUGGUUUAAAUGCCAUUUUAGGUCCAACAGGAAGUGGCAAAUCUUCGUUUUUGGAUGUGCUCGCAGCGAGAAAGGACCCCUCAGGUCUCUCUGGUGAAGUACUGAUCGAUGGAGCGACACAGCCAUCCAAUUUCAAAUGUCUCUCAGGCUACGUUGUACAGGAUGACGUGGUGAUGGGAACUCUGACCGUACGGGAGAAUCUGCGCUUCUCGGCUGCGCUCCGUCUUUCAUCCUCUGUAAAACAGAAGGAAAAGGAAGCCAGAGUUAAUCGUCUCAUUUCAGAACUAGGCCUCAGUAAAGUGGCAGACAGAAGGGUGGGCACUCAGCUGAUUCGUGGCAUCUCCGGAGGCGAACGAAAGAGGACCAGCAUUGGCAUGGAGAUGAUUAUAGACCCCUCUGUCCUCUUUCUGGAUGAACCCACCACAGGCCUGGAUGCUAGCACCGCCAACUCGGUUCUACUGCUGCUCAAACGAAUGGCCAAUAAUGGACGUACCAUUAUAAUGUCCAUCCAUCAGCCACGCUACUCCAUCUACCAGCUCUUUGACAACCUCACACUGCUGGUUAACGGCAAACAAGUCUACCACGGACUGACCCACAAUGCACUAGACUACUUCGCCAACAUUGGUUAUGAAUGUGAAGCCCAUAACAACCCAGCGGAUUUUUUCCUGGAUGUUAUCAACGGAGACUCUGUUGCUGCAACUAUGGCCAAGCUGCAGAGUGCAGAAGAUAUAGAGUUUGAAGAGUCUGGAGGCACAAGGCAGAGCAUUGAAGAGCGUCUGGUGGAGGAAUACAGGAAAAGCAAAGAUGCUCAGGAAACCAAGGGUGAACUGGAGCGUAUCAUGAGGGGUAAAGAAUACAGCACCAAACCCAAGUCCCGCACCAUCACCUACAACUGCGGUUUCUUCCACCAGCUAAAUUGGGUUGUGAAGAGAACUUUCCGGAACCUGAUGUUGAACCCUCAGACCUCCAUUGCACAGUUGGCAGUCACCAUCUUCUUGGCACUUAUUGUUGGCGCCAUUUUCUUCGGAGCAAAAAACGACCCGAGCGGCAUUCAGAACAGGUUCGGAGCUUUGUUCUUCAUUAUAACCAAUCAGUGUUUCAGCACACUGUCAGCUGCUGAGCUUUUCAUCACAGAGAGGAAGCUCUUUAUACAUGAAUACACCAGCGGCUACUACGGAGUGUCUGUAUACUUCCUGUCAAAGAUACUGUCUGACGUAAUCACUCUACGCACCAUUCCUGCCAUAGUCUUCACCUGUAUUGUCUACUUCAUGAUUGGUUUUAAGCCCACCCCAGCAGCAUUCUUCAUAUUCAUGUUUACAGUGAUUCUAGUGGCAUACACAGCCACAGCGAUGACCAUGGCUAUCUCUGUUGGUCAGUCUGUUGUAUCCGUGGCAAACAUUCUCAUGACCAUUGCCUUUGUCUUUAUGAUGAUCUUCUCUGGUCUGCUGGUGAAUCUGGAAAGUGUCAUGGUCUGGCUCGCCUGGCUUAAGUACUUGAGCAUCCCACAUUACGGACUUACGGCUUUAGAGAUCACUGAGUUUGUGGGACUGAAUUUCUGUGAGAAUCUUUCUGAUGAUCAAAUAUCCAACACCACUCAGGGAAUCAUCUGCACAGGUGAGCAACAUCUCCAAGGCCAAGGAAUUGACUACUCAACAUGGGGAUUAUGGCAGAACCACAUGGCCCUGAUAAUUAUGACCAUCAUAUUCCUCCUCAUCGCCUACAUCAAGCUCAGGUUCAUGCGCAAAUUCUCCUGAGCGCUAAGACGGUUGGUCCUUCGACUUGUCUUUACUGCAGAGUCGCCACCUUCUUUUCUAUUCAGCUUCAUUUCCAGAAUAUUCCCACAUUGCUACCUACAGAUUGGUUCUGCAUUUGGUCAAACUGUGUAGAUGUAUUUUUUGUGUAGAUUCUAAAUAAUGUUUUAGUCCAA